AUGAUAAUGCUGAACCAAACACAUGUGACACCAGCCUCUUUCAUUCUUAAUGGGAUUCCAGGACUAGAAGACAUGCAUAUGUGGAUUUCCUUGCCAUUCUGCUCCAUGUAUGUUGUGGCUAUGGUAGGCAAUUGUGGACUCCUCUACCUCAUUCAUUAUGAGUACUCCCUGCACAGGUCCAUGUAUUACUUUUUGGCCAUGCUUUCUCUUACGGACCUUGUCAUGUGCUCUAGUACAAUCCCUAAAGCCCUCUGCAUCUUCUGGUUUCAUCUUAAGGAAAUCAGCUUUGAAGAAUGCCUGGUCCAGAUGUUCUUCAUCCAUACCUUCACAGGGAUGGAGUCUGGGGUGCUCAUGCUUAUGGCCCUGGACCGCUAUAUAGCCAUCUGCUAUCCUCUGCGCUACUCAACUAUCCUCACCAAUCCAGUCAUUGCAAAGGCGGGGCUUGCUACUUUCCUGAGAGCACUGUUGCUCAUCAUUCCCUUGAUUUUCAUCACCAAACGGCUACCCUAUUGCAGAGGCAACAUAAUACAUCAUACCUACUGUGAUCAGCUAUCUGUAGCCAAGUUAUCUUGUGGGAAUAUCAAAGCCAAUGUUAUCUAUGGUCUCAUGGCUGCCCUCUUAAUUGGAGGAUUUGACAUCCUGUGCAUCACAGUCUCCUACACCAUGAUCCUUCGGGCAGUCGUCAGCCUCUCCUCUGCAGAUGCCCGGCAGAAGGCCUUCAGCACAUGCACUGCCCACAUCUGUGCCAUUGUUUUCUCCUACAGUCCAGCUUUCUUCUGUUUCUUUUUUAACCGCUUUGGGAGUCAUACAAUUCCUCCAUCUUGCCAUAUCAUUGUAGCCAAUAUUUAUCUGCUUUUGCCUCCCACCAUGAACCCUAUUGUUUAUGGGGUGAAAACCAAGCAGAUAAGAGAUUGUGUCAUAAGGAUCCUUUCAGGUUCUAAGCACAUCAAAUCUCACAGUAUAUGA